UUGGCAGCAUUUCUUGUCGACGUGGGAAGGGAGGGAUUCGGACACAAACAAACGUCCACGGGUUUGAUGUUGGGCUACGUUACAGAUAACUGUGACAUGUCAGGUGUAUUUGAUAGAUAACUCCAUGACAUUUGAAACAUGUGGCUCCAACCUGAUGAGAUUCUGCUGAAAAACGCGUUUAAAUUAUGGGUCACCGAGGAGGAUAACGAGUACUUCGUACUGCAAAGGAGACGAGGUUACGGAGAAGGUGGAGGCGGUUUGACAGGCCUCCUUGUGGGAACUCUGGAUACUGUGUUGGACUCCACAUCCAAAGUUGCUCCAUACCGCAUUCUACACCACACACCAGACUCACAAGUGUAUUGGACCAUAGCAUGUGGUGUCACCAAAGAGGAGAUUGUUCAACACUGGGAUUGGCUGCAGCAGAACAUCAUGAGGACACUCUCUGUUUUUGACUCCAGCGAAGACAUCACCAGCUUUGUACAGGGCAAGAUUAGAGGUCUUAUUGCUGAGGAAGGGAAAUCAUCCCUGGUGCUGGAGGAAGAUCCGGAGAAGUUCCGAGAAGCACUUUUGAGGUUCGAGAAGUGGUUUGAGCUGCCACCAAAGGAAAAACUGGUCACAUAUUACUCAUGCAGCUACUGGAGAGGCAAAGUGCCCUGCCAGGGCUGGCUGUACCUCAGCACAAACUUCCUCUGCUUCUAUUCAUACCUGCUAGGAGCUGAGGUGAAGCUGAUCAUCUCCUGGGAUGAGAUCUGGAGGCUGGAGAAAACCUCUAACGUUAUCCUGACUGAGAGCAUCCAUGUCUUGGCUCAUGGGGAGGAUCACUACUUCUCCAUGCUGAUGCACCUUAAUGAAACAUUUGUUAUCAUGGAACAGCUUGCUGACUACUCCAUCAAGCGUCUUUUUGAUAAAGAGGCCUUCCAGAGAGAGCCAGCGCUCUCCGACCCCAUGCAAAUUACCAAGAGAGGCCUCGAAGCGCAUGCAAAGAGUGAGCAGUUCCGGACAUUUUUCAGGCUUCCCAAAGAGGAGAACCUGUUAGAGGUGCAUGAGAGCUUCCUGUGGGUGCCCUUCAGCCAUUUUAACACACUUGGCAAGAUCUGUCUGUCUGAGAACUACCUGUGUUUCGCCAGCCAAGAUGGAAGCCAAUGCCAUGUCAUCAUUCCAAUGAGAGAGGUUAUUAAUGUUGAGAAGUCAGACUCCAGCAGCAGGGCUUUAACGGUGUGUGUGCGUGGCAAGAAGGCGCUGCGUUUCGCCGAGGUGCGGGACUACCAGCGGCUUGCCAACACGAUCCGUAGCAAGUGUGGGAUCAGUGCCAGCCCUCAGCACUCUGCAUCAUCAGAGGCCAUACGAGGCACGUGCCAGUCCCUCAUCAAUCACUUUGAGGACAACCCAGAGGACGUAACACUGAUGGUAGGACAGAAAGACAGCAGCAAGGCUGUAAGCACCGAAGCUCUCAUGACUGUUUUCCACCCCCAGGAUGUUGAAAACCUGGACCCCAAAAUGCUUAAAGAAAAGAUGAAGGAACAGUCUUGGAACAUCCAUUUUUCCGAAUAUGGACGUGGCACGAGUAUGUUCUUCACCAGGAAGACACGAGACCUGAUUGUUCGUGGUGUUCCUGAGGCCUUGAGAGGAGAGCUGUGGAUGCUUUUUUCAGGAGCUGUGAACGACAUGGCCACUCAUCCCGGCUAUUACACUGAUCUGGUUGAACAGUCUCUGGGCACAAGCACUUUGGCAACAGAUGAGAUCGAGAGAGACUUACACCGCUCUCUGCCAGAGCACCCUGCCUUUCAGAGUGAUACAGGAAUCUCAGCUCUACGCAGAGUCCUCACUGCCUAUGCAUACCGGAACCCUAAAAUUGGCUAUUGCCAGGCCAUGAACAUUCUCACGUCAGUUCUCCUGCUCUACGCGAAAGAAGAGGAGGCUUUCUGGCUCUUAGUGGCUGUCUGUGAGAGGAUGCUGCCGGAUUACUUUAACCGUCGAAUUAUUGGUGCUUUGGUUGACCAGGCGGUGUUCGAGGACCUGAUUCGAGAAAACCUCCCCCAGCUGGUGGAGCACAUGACAGACCUGAGUUUCUUCUCGUCCGUGUCCUUGUCCUGGUUCCUCACUCUCUUCAUCAGUGUCCUGCCCAUAGAGAGCGCUGUGAACGUGGUGGACUGUUUUUUCUACGACGGCAUAAAAGCCAUUCUGCAGCUCGGCCUGGCAGUGCUGGACUACAACAUGGAGGCUCUGAUCAGCUGCCACGACGAUGCAGAGGCUGUCACCAUCCUCAACAAAUUCUUUGACAGUGUGACCAAUAAAGACAGCCCGUUGCCUCCAACAGUGCAGCAAGCAUCAGUGAGCAAUAACGAUAAAGCAUCCCACUUUAAUGUGGAUAUCAGUGAACUGAUAAAAGAGGCCUAUGAGAAAUAUGGAAAUAUCCGUUCAGAGGAAGUCGAGAGUUCACGGAAAAGAAACAAACUGCAUGUGAUCCAGACACUGGAGGAUACAACCAAACAAAAUGUGAUCCGGGUGGUGACCCAAGAAGUCAGAUUCAGUGCCUCACAUCUUGACAGACUUUAUAACUUGUUCAAAAGGCAGCAUUUCCUCUGCUGCUACUGGACAAUGAAGAGUCCAGCUCUGCUCCAUCAUGACCCCAGCCUGGCCUAUUUGGAGCAGUACCAGUUGGGUUUCCAACAAUUCAGCAUGCUUUUCUCCCUGCUGGAGCCCUGGGCUUUCUGCAACCCCAAGAGCACCCUCUCCCUCUGGAUCUUCCGCCUGAUAGAUGAGAACCAGGACGGCCUCGUCAACUUUAAAGAGUUCUGCUGUGCCCUUGAUACUUUGUACAGUGGAUCGUUCACAAAUAAGCUGAAAUUCCUCUUCAAGCUGCACCUGCCACCAGCUUUUACAGGUAGUCCUUUGCACAUAAAGGAACAAAGAAUCCAGCACUUUACUCCAGUGCCUGAAGACUCUUCUCACUUGAGUAGACUCGCUGCAUUUGAUCUACCAGAAGAUGGUGUGAUAAGGAAAAGCCCUGAAAGAGGUAGAGGAAAAGUGGACCUGCAGGCCUACCUGAAACAAUGGCAAAACGAAAUACUUAAGAAAGAGGAAACCAUCAAGGACCUACCCCGAAUUAAUCAGACUCAGUUCAUCCAGUUCUCCAAGACCCUGUACAACAUUUUUCAUGGCGACCCAGAGGAGGAGUCGCUGUACCAAGCCGUGGCCCACGUAACCAGCCUUCUCCUGAGGAUGGAAGAGGUGGGACGGAGGCUGCAUGAGUCGAGCAGCCCGCCCGAGUCCACAAAACCUGCCAACGCUGCUGCUGCGGAGUCUUCAACCCAAGAAGCUUCUACUACCCCAGAGAACUCCGACACCUCCAGCUCCUGCAACAGUCAGGAUGCAGGGCCCGACCUCACAGAGCUGGAUUGGUCGUUUUCGUUUGAGCAGGUCCUGGCUUCUCUGCUGAACGAGCCGACCAUAGUCCGCUUCUUUGAAAGGCCUGUCGACAUUCAGACUAAACUGGGACAAGCUAGGGUUGCCCAGCUGAAGCUAAAGGCAAAUAAGUGAAAGGAAACAUUAGUGAAUUGAUACUUUGCUUCUAAUUCAAACCCAGAAAUCACCAUGAAUUUCCUUUCUCCACUUGGAUAGGGCAGCAGUUUUUUUGCAAGGCACACAGUAAAAUUACUGCUAAAGUGGUAUCAUAAAUGAAAAGGAGAUCAGAUUAAAUCUGGGGUGCAAUGUGUGUGUGUGUGUGUGUGUGUGUGUGUGUGUGUGUGUGCGUGUGCGGCUUCGAUGUUCAGGCAGAUGACGAUCAGCAACGAUGGCUAAUGAAAUAAGUCACUUUAAGACACAAGCACUGUUGUUACAGUCCACUGACCAACACCUUCAGUGCAUUUUCAUGUUAGGCCUUGUUGCAUACUGUAAGCUGUCGUUCCUCAAAUCUGAUUAUGCAUUAGGGUUAUUCAUUCUCUUAUGUAGCCUCAGAUUUUUCGGAUUUUAUGGAAAUUUUGUUUGACACAUUUGUUUCCCUUUUAUGCCAUGGAGCACAACCGGUAUAGUUUUGUAUUGUGCAUGGGACAUACAGUACUGUCCCCUAUAUUUAGAAACAUGACAGAAGAGUUUGUCCUUCCGUCUGUCUCUGAUGUCAUGCUGAGGUUCAAAUCCAUAACAAAUGACUUUGACAAGGUUAGGAAGAUAUUUUGUUUUUGCAGAUAACUAGUCACUGCGAUAGUGAAACAAACUGUAAAUGCUAAUGUGUCCCGUGACUUCAGUGUCUCCUGUUCUUAGGCAACAUUAGUGUUAUUCUGUAAAUGUCAAUUUAUUGUGAGAAAACACCAGCAUUCCAGUUGGAGACAGAAUAAACAGUAGUACAGUGAGUAAGGACAA